GGGCACUGGCUCUGGCUUCACCUCGCUCCUGAUGAUGCGGCUCUCUGUUGACUAUGGCAAGAAAUCCAAGCUGGAGUUCUCCAUCUACCCAGCCCCGCAGGUGUCCACAGCCGUGGUGGAGCCCUAUAACUCCAUCCUGACCACCCACACCACCCUGGAGCACUCAGACUGUGCCUUCAUGGUGGACAACGAAGCCAUCUAUGACAUCUGCCGCCGCAACCUAGACAUCGAGCGCCCGACUUACACCAACCUCAACCGCCUCAUCAGCCAAAUCGUCUCCUCCAUCACGGCCUCCCUGCGCUUCGACGGGGCCCUCAACGUGGACCUGACAGAGUUCCAGACCAACCUGGUGCCCUACCCUCGCAUCCACUUCCCCCUGGCCACCUAUGCGCCAGUCAUCUCUGCAGAGAAAGCCUACCACGAGCAGCUGUCGGUGGCAGAGAUCACCAAUGCCUGCUUCAAGCCUGCCAACCAGAUGGUGAAGUGUGAUCCCUGUCACGGCAAGUACAUGGCCUGCUGCCUGCUGUACCGUGGAGACGUGGUGCCCAAGGAUGUCAACGCCGCCAUCGCUGCCAUCAAGACCAAGCGCAGUAUUCAGUUCGUGGACUGGUGCCCCACGGGCUUCAAGGUUGGCAUCAACUACCAGCCCCCCACUGUGGUGCCCGGGGGUGACCUGGCCAAGGUGCAGCGUGCCGUGUGCAUGCUGAGCAACACGACCGCCAUCGCUGAGGCCUGGGCCCGCCUGGACCACAAGUUUGACCUGAUGUAUGCCAAGAGGGCAUUCGUGCACUGGUACGUGGGCGAGGGCAUGGAGGAGGGUGAGUUCUCUGAGGCCCGGGAGGAUAUGGCUGCCCUGGAGAAGGAUUACGAGGAGGUGGGCAUGGAUAGUGUGGAGGGGGAGGGAGAAGAGGAGGAGGGGGAUGAAUGCUAGGGGACUCCUUCGUGU